AUGCGCAGGGCGGAUGGGGAGGUGAAGAAGUCCUCUUCCUCCAAGGACAAGGAGAAGAAGGAGAAGAAGGAGGGAGAUGAGAAGCACAAGCACAAGGACAAGGAUGGGGGGGACCACAAGGAGAAAAAGCACAAGGACAAGGAGGGCGGCGAUAAGAAGGACAAGAAAGAGAAGGCCGGGGCUAGCGGCAGCAGCAGCAAGAAGGACAAGGCCGGCGCCGCCGCCGCCCCCGCGGCGCCCGCGCGCCGCGUGCCGCCGCAGCUGAUCCCGAAGAAGGGCGCGCCGCCGCCGGGGGACUACCUGGCGGGGAUCGACCUGCCGAGCAGCGACAGCGAGGAGGAGGAGCGCGAGGAGGUGCAGCGGGAGGAGAAGGGGCCGCUGACGAUGCAGGUGAAUGCGCGCGAGGCCAAGAAGCUGGCGGACAAGGAGCGCAUGCUGCUUGAGAAGGCGCACCGCAUGCGCGAGGACGCCAUGCGUGAGGACGACAACGUGUUUGACGUGUCAUUUGAGGGCAUGGGCAAUGAGGACGCCACCGUGUCGGCGACAGACAUCAAGGUCCACAACCUGACUGUGCGCGCCAAGGGGAAGCUGCUGCUUGAGAACACCGCCCUCACCAUCACGGCAGGCAAGGGUGGCGGCUGCGCGGCCGACAGGGGCGAUGUGGGGCGCGGCUGGCGCCGCUACGGCCUGGCCGGGCCCAACGGCCGCGGCAAGUCGACGCUGCUGAAGCUGAUGGCGCGGCGCCAGAUCCCUGUGCCCCCUGACGUGGAUGUUCUGCUGGUGGAGCAGGAGGUGGUGGGCAGCGAGCAGAGCGCGCUGCAGGCGGUCGUGGCGGCGGACGUGGAACUCGUGCAGCUGCGGCUGGAGGAGGCGCAGCUGACGGAGGAGCUCUCGGCGGACACCCACGAGCCUGGCUUUGACGCCGACGCCGCGUCCCACCGCCUGAACGAGGUGUACGAGGCCAUGGCGGAGCGCGGGGCCGCGACAGCCGAGAGCCGCGCGUCCAAGAUCCUUCACGGCCUGGGGUUCACCCCCGUGAUGCAGCGCGCUCGAGGCACGCGCAAACGGCAAUAG